AUGUCAAUCAAUGGAGUAAUAUUAAAACCAAAUUAUAAUCAGAUAUUAGCAUUGAAUUCAAAUGAAAUACCAUUUGAAAUAAGUACAGAUGGAUUGGAAAUAUUAAAGUAUCAUUCUCGAACAUCAAGACAAAAUUUAACUAUUACAUCUCGAGAUUCAAAUUUACCAUUAAAGAUAAUUGCCAACGAUGGGUACAUAUAUUUAACUACAAAACGGUUAGUAUUCAUAACUGCAUCUCAGGGAGACAUAGAAUCAUUUUGCAUUGAUUUAAAUUUAUCUCCUGUUUUACAAUUAUCUCAUAAAUUACAAGCACCUUGGUUUGGUGCCAAUUAUUGGGAAUUUAUGUUCUUUUCAGCUGCUAAUCCCAGUAUUGCAAGUGAUGGUUUCCCCAAAAAUCAUUAUUUCAAAGGCGAGAUUAAAUUUAAUGAUGGUGGAUUAUUUGAAUUUGUAGAGAACUUAAAUCAAGUAUUAAAUGAUGUAAUUAGUAAUAAAGAUAUAGAUGAUCAUUUACCACUGUACAGUGAAAACUAG